GGCCAGGCGUUCUAGCCGAGCGCGAGGCCGGCGCUGAGCUCGCCCGGGAGACCGCGUCUCCUUGGCCGGGCGCAGACGGCGGCUGGGCGGCUCGCGGAGGAUUGGGAGGGCGCGGUCCGGGUCGGGGGCUUUCUGCCGGCCGCCUCCCGCCGGGUGUGGGUUCGAGGCGCCUCCAGGGAAGCCGCGGCCCCGAGGGCAGAUCCGAGAUAACCCUUUUUCUACCACUGCACAAUAACUCACAAGCUGCAACCCUUGGACACGCAAUUCCGCAAGCACACUUCAAGUCUUUUGUAAGAACAUUAAAGUCACAAUGAAUGGUCAUAUUUCUAAUCAUCCCAGUGGUUUUGGAAUAUAUCCAUCUCAAAUGAAUGGCUACGGAUCAUCACCCACUUUUUCCAUGGACAGAGAACACAGUUCAAGAACAAGUGCAAAGGCUCUCUAUGGCCCAGACGGAUCAUACUUCUUCAGAUCAUCAUCCAAACAGAAAAAGAAAGAACAAAGGAAGAAUUAUGCACGGGAUAGUGUCAGCAGCGUGUCAGAUAUAUCCCAAUACCAUGUUGAACACUUGACUACCUUUGUUCUGGAUCGGAAAGAUGCUAUGAUAACCGUUGACGAUGGAAUAAGGAAGCUGAAACUGCUUGAUGCCAAGGGCAAAGUGUGGACUCAAGAUAUGAUUCUUCAAGUGGACGAGAGAGCUGUGAGCCUGAUUGAUUUAGAAUCAAAGAAUGAACUGGAGAAUUUUCCUUUGAACACAAUCCAGCACUGCCAAGCUGUGAUGCAAUCCUGUAACUAUGAUUCCGUUCUUGCCCUCGUGUGCAAAGAGUCAACUCAGAACAAGCCCGAUCUUCAUCUUUUCCAGUGUGAUGAGAUUAAGGCAAACCUAAUUAGUGAAGAUAUUGAAAGUGCGAUCAGCGACAGUAAAGGAGGGAAACAGAAGAGGCGGCCUGAUGUCCUGAGGAUGAUUUCCAAAGCAGACCCUGGUAUACCGCCUCCACCCAGAGCUCCCGCCCCUGUGCCACCUGGAACUGUGACCCAGGUGGAUGUUAGAAGUCGGGUGGCAGCCUGGUCCGCAUUGGCAGCUGACCAAGGGGACUUUGAGAAACAAAGGCAUUAUUAUCAGCAGGAAGAAACACCUGAGAUGAUGGCAGCUCGUAUUGACAGAGAUGUGCAAAUCUUAAACCACAUUUUGGAUGACAUUGAAUUUUUUAUCACAAAACUCCAAAAAGCAGCUGAAGCAUUUUCUGAGCUUUCUAAAAGGAAGAAAGCUAAGAAAGGUAAAAAGAAAGGACCAGGAGAGGGUGUUUUAACACUGAGGGCAAAACCUCCACCUCCUGACUCAUUUGUUGACUGUUUCCAAAAGUUUAAACAUGGAUUUAACCUUCUGGCCAAAUUGAAGUCUCACAUCCAGAAUCCUAGUGCUGCAGAUUUGGUUCAUUUUUUAUUUACUCCAUUAAAUAUGGUUGUGCAGGCAACAGGAGGUCCUGAACUAGCCAGUUCAGUACUCAGCCCCCUACUGACUAAGGACACAAUCGAUUUCUUGAGUUACACUGUCAAUGUCGAUGAGAGGCAGCUGUGGGUGUCACUGGGAGACUCGUGGAUGAAAGCCAGAGCAGAGUGGCCAAAAGAACAGUUUAUCCCACCCUAUGUCCCACGGUUCCGCAGUGGUUGGGAGCCCCCGAUGCUGAACUUCGUGGGAGCAUCAGUGGAGCCGGAUCUCUAUCAACUGACUGAGUCUGUGGCAAACGCAGCAGAACAUCAUCGCAAGCAAGAAACGAAAAGAUUAUCCACAGAGCACUCCAGUGUAUCAGAGUAUCCUCCAGCUGAUGGGUACGCAGUAUUCAAUAACAUUUAUGGAAGAGGGCCCCAUCUGGACCAAGGGGAGGCCGCUGUUGCUUUUAAGCCAACUCCUCAUCGCCAUGUAGAUAGAAAUUAUGAUCUACAACCCAAGAAAUAUGCCAAAUCCAGGUAUGACUUUGUGGCAAGGAACAACAGUGAGCUCUCAGUUCAAAAGGACGAUAUUUUAGAGAUCCUUGAUGACAGGAAGCAAUGGUGGAAAGUUCGAAAUGCAAGUGGAGAUUCUGGAUUUGUGCCAAACAACAUUUUGGAUAUUGUGAGACCUCCAGAGUCUGGAUUAGGGCGCGCUGAUCCACCUUACAUGCAUACCAUACAGCUGUUGAUGCCAAAGAAGGAGUUUGAGUUAUUCAAGAAACAAAGGAUGGAGUAUGGUCCAAGAGCAGCUGACAUUCCCUCUGCUCCAUCACCUCCUCCAACACCAGCUCCUGUUCCUGUCCCCCUCCCACCUUCUGCUUCAGCACCUCUUCCUGUGUCAAAGGUCCCAGCAAAUGUAACCCGUCAGAACAGCAGCUCCAGUGACAGUGGUGGCAGUAUUGUGCGAGACAGCCAACGACAAAAACAAGUUCCUGUGGACCGAAGGAAAUCUCAGAUGGAGGAAGUGCAGGACGAACUCAUCCACAGACUGACCAUUGGGCGGAGUGCCGCCCAGAAGAAGUUCCACGUGCCACGGCAGAAUGUACCAGUUGUCAAUAUCACUUACGACUCCACCCCAGAGGAUGUGAAGACAUGGUUGCAGUCAAAGGGGUUCAACCCCGUAACUGUCAAUAGUCUUGGAGUAUUAAAUGGUGCGCAACUUUUCUCUCUCAAUAAAGAUGAACUGAGAACCGUCUGCCCUGAAGGGGCCAGAGUCUUUAGCCAAAUUACUGUACAGAAAGCUGCAUUAGAGGAUAACAAUGGCAGCUCUGAGUUGCAAGAAAUCAUGCGACGACGACAGGAAAAAAUCAGUGCUGCUGCUAGCGAUUCAGGAGUGGAAUCUUUUGAUGAGGGAAGCAGUCACUAAUUAGUUUUAAAACUCCAUUAUUCUUGGCAUUAUUCCAACAUGCUUUGUUUUAAGAAGCCAUGAAGGGAAUGUCAGAUUCUUAUUUCUUGGUAUACAGAAUUUAUCGCCAUAAAGAAACAAUGCAAACAUAAGUAAGCAGAGGACUUGCUCCUGGGCCCAUUAUUUUUAUUAAAAUGAAAAAAUUUUAAACAGAAUUUCUCACCUUGGAAAUAUUUUGCCUACUUUACCAAGGUAAGGUUUCCUUUAUUGGAUUAAUUAUUUCAUCCCCAUCUCAAUGCCUAAGCAGACAUUUUAAUUUGACAGUGGUGAGUUUAUUUAUUGCAACAAAACAGAGAUAUUGCCCAUGGUUCAAAAUCUAAGCAAUUUCAGUUUUGCCUGUGACUGUGG